AUUUUGGCAUUACGUAAUAAAUGGAUGCUGCCUUAUCGAGAUGCAUUUACCAUUAUUCCACAAUUUCUGAUAAAUAGUUAUGUAGUAAAUCAUUACGCAACUAAAAGCAGUUGUGCAACGAGAAAGCGUUGCGUAAUAGUCAUCACACAACUGUUUUCAGUUACAGUUGGCGUUACGAACAUCUAACACAGUUGAGCUGUACAAAAACCGAGUUUGGGAGGCGCUGUAGCAAUAGUGCAGCAUAUUUACUAAUGCGUAUUAUCAGAUAACAAUCUAGGGCAAGUAAUCCCUCUUAUUAUUGUCAAAAUUCUCACCACUAGUAGCACAUUGUUGAUCGUGGUCGAAACAUAAAAGUGAGAUGGCUCUCGAAGGUAGAUCUGCUGUCAUAAUUGGAGGAUCCGGUGGAAUUGGUAUGGAAAUGUGCAAACAUUUGCUAAGCAAUGGACUGUCGAAAUUAGCUAUUCUUGAUAUAAACGAGCUUUUCCAGGAAAUCGAAUCAGAUAUCAAACGUUGCAAUGCAUCUGCAGAUGUUGUGUCGAUAAAGUGUGACAUCGCCAAUAAGUCAAAUCUAAGUGACGUGAUCUGUAAUCAAGUGUAUACAAAGUUUGGAUACAUAGAUUUGCUCGUCAAAUCAGUGGCGAUUCUAGACGAGCGAAACCCAAACCGAAUGAUUGCCAUCAAUUUGACAGGCGUUAUAAACAGCUCUUUGUUGGCAUUGAAGCUAAUGUCGAAGGAGUAUUCUGGUGGCAGAGGUGGCACGAUCGUGAACGUGUCUUCCAUUGCAGGAUUGGAACCAUCGUGGAUGUGUGUAUACGCAGCUUCCAAGUUUGGCGUUACGGGAUUCUCUCGGAGUUUGGCUGAUACCCAGAUUUACAAUCGAACUGGAGUUAAAUGUAUAACCAUUUGCCCUGGGAAAACGGAUACCGGAUUGCUGAAGCAGUUUCACGAUAAAGAAAAUUCACUAUUUUCUCGAAAGGAAUCCAAACCGACAGAUUACGAUUCGCAAAGUCCGAGUGUCGUAGCGGAGUGUCUUUUGAAGGCCGUAUUGGAUGGAGAAAACGGUUCGGUAUGGAUUGCCAACGGCGGAAAGACCUAUAAGCUGGAACUUCCAGAAAAUCAGUUUUUGAAUCUAAUAGCCGGCAAACAAACUUAGUUAUGAUUUUAUUUCUAUAUUUCUAUUGGAGUAAAAUAAAACUCGCUUAGAUGUGGUAUCUGCUCUAAUAA